AUGCCUCCUUUCCUCUUCUGUCUGUCUCCUCCUCUACUUCUGCGUCCAUUAUUUAUUACCCAGCACCACCGCAGCGGGACCCCGCGAUACCAGCAGGCCGAGCAGAAGGGCCGGAGCGCCGGGCAGAAUGAGAGCAGCUGCCGGGACGGAGAGCCGACCGGAGCCGCCGCCGCAGAACCCCGGAGGAGGAGGCGCCAUGAGCGCGGAGUGAGGGGACGAGAGGACGCCGCUUCACCGGGCGGUGAGUGACGGAGAGAAGGAUGGAUGAAUGGAUGGACCGAUGGAUGAAUUGAAAGGUGAAUGAAGGGAUGAAAAGAGGGCUGGAUGUGCAGGUAACAGAAGGAUGGAUGGAGAUAGAUGAUGGACACACUGGCAAGUGUAGAUGCCCUGAUGUCCGCAGACAGAGCCUCUCUGACCGCUGCUGUGUCCGCUAACGGACACCUCAGAGCGGGCACAGAGCAGCAGACUUAG